CAAAUGUCAAAAAACCAAAACAAAUUCACGUGCUCAUUGCUUGUUCUGUGUUUAAUGUGCUAUUUAUAUGAUAACUUGUAUUAAAUGAUUUUAUUUAAGAUCUAAAAUGGGCAAGCGUAAGUACGAUGGUGAAACAGACGGACCUUUGAGAAAAAAUAAGAAGGAUAGUACUGAAGAUAAUGAACAAAAUGAAAAUGUGGAGUCAGGCCAACCUCAAAAUGAAACCAAAUUAUCCAAAAGACCCAACAUUAGUGGUUUUGAUGUUAAACACUUUCGAAAAGAGAUAUCGGCAAAGCUGGGUCAAACCAUGGCUCUGACACAAUUUCUACAAGUGUGCCUAAACCCUGACAAUGAAGUUGACUAUUUGCUGGAGUAUCUCAAGAGUGGAGGGAACUCACACGAAAUACUGCGCCAAAUAACACAGGACAGUAAGAAAAACCUUACACUUGCUACACCAGCAUUCCACUUAUUCCACCUGAUCAUACUUAAAGUGCAGUCUUCAGUUCCUCACAUGAUUGCCAUUACCGAGGAAGCUUGCCGCUACUUCCUAAAUACUUUCAUGUCUACCGUAGAGAUCAUGAUCAGUGAAAACUCGGGUCCUCGGCAUAGGAAAGUAGUCUUAAAGCUCUUGACAUCAAUGGUAACAUUAAAUCCAGAUUUGGGCAUUGAGGUUUUAAAUCAAGCUCCGUUGACUCCAAAACAUUUACAGCAUGUAGUUGAAACAUCUAAUUAUAAAGAGAAAGACAAUGUUCGUAGAGCAUUUGUUCAUUUCAUGACGUCCUUUCUGGUGGAUGGACAUUUCCCAUUAAUAAAAGUGCUAUUGGAGAAACAAGGGUUGCUUGGACUAGUCAUACCAGGAUUGGUUCACGAUGAAGGGGAAGCUGUAUUGAUGUUUUUAAAUAUUUUAAAGAAAAAUGUGGUAGACAAUGCUUUUAUAUCAAAAAGUUUAAAACUUAAAACAUUCAGUCAUCAGGUUUUGCACAACAUGUUCAAGAUAUUCUCCUGGAAGGGUCCUGCGGAACAAAGUCAAGAUGAGAAAAAUGAGCUACGACCCGAAAUAAUGUCCCUACUGUCAGACAUUUUACUCACUUUGUUCACUUCUCAUAAACUGGGUUUACAUUUUAUAGAUACCUCUUUAGGUACAGCUGACUCUAAUAAGAAUCAGAAUUUGUAUAAAGCAUUGUUGACAUUGAAACGGCCAUGGGAAAAUGAACAUGAAUGUGAAUUGAUCCUGCAGAUAGUGUCUAAAUGUCCAGACCUCCACAGGGCUAUAGUCAGUGUCCUGGAAAAUAGCUUUGAACCUCAACAUUCUCCUAUCUGGGAAAGAGCCAUACACUUUUGUGUAAAUCUCUUGGAUAAAUUAAGACCUGAAGGAAUGGUGUCUAGGAUGGCCAGUCUUAAUGCACUCCAAGUAACAAACUUUGUAAGAUUCAUAACUUUACCUGUGCCAUUAUUAAAAUAUAUUAAUAUGAAUGUGGGGAAAGAUCAAACAAUUUCGAUAUAUUGCAUCAAGGUUUUGGUAAAAAUGUUGCAGUCUUUAAAACGAUAUAUUCAAAUUUUGGAGGUGGAAACUUCAGCAACUAUAUCAGAUUUGAAAGCAAAGUUGGAAUUUUUCUUCCCCAAACAUAUGCCCGUCCCAGGUAUUGUAGCAAACCUUAUUGAUAACAUUAUUAAUGCUAAAAAUACCCCAGAAGUUACUCAAGACUAUAAACUGCCAAAAAUGUCUGAUACUGAAUCAUUGAUAUAUCUUAUUGAUUUACUACUUCUGUAUAAUGAUAUUCAACCAGCCUAUUUCGAAACUGUGGAAGGUAAUGUAGAUAUGAAAAAGAUUCUUGAUUAUUCCAUGUCCCUCUCUGAAGGACAAACGUCAUUGUUAAAGUUUAAAGUGGUUUCAUUGUGGUUGACAUUAGAUAGGUCAGCUAUCUCGUUAAGAAAUCCAAUGUUUAAAGAUCUCUUUCUCAUCAUGUUACAUGUGUACACAAGUACUGACGAUUUAAUUUGGAUAGAGGCAAAAAAUACUAUGCAAGUGUACUUUAAAAACACUGGAAUAUUCGAAUCAGAUGAAAAUGAAAUACAUUUAAUUCUGUAUGCACUACGAAAUGCAAAAGUGGAACCAUGUUCUUUAGUUGGUGACGUCAUAGAGUAUGUUUUGGCGAACAUAAAUGAAUUGGCUGAUAUUGUACGGAACCAGUUGAUUAAUUUUGAAAUAUCUGACGAAAGUGCCGCUACAUCCUUAGAGAAGCUUUUCAAUGACUUAAUGGAAAAUAGAAAUACAGAGGACAAUACGUUUUUAGAAAACAAAAUGCCAUCCCCAUUUAUUGUUGGCUGCAUGCAGUAUUUGCAAUUGUAUAAAGACGUAAAAAAGAAUUUGAAGCAAUUUUUGUCUUUGUAUAUAGCUAACUUGUUACAUAGUAAUUAUUGUCCAGAGCUGACAGAAGUUCUCAUAGGAGAUUCUAAGCUAGACGUUAGAAACUACGUAGCUAGCUGGAUUGGGCAGCCAGUAGCUUUACCGGAAACACUUUCAGAAGACAGUGUACUCAAAAAAUUAUCUAAAUCUGUUAUUUCUGGUGAAGAAUUACAAGUCAAUGAUAUAUUUACGUUCAUUGAAAAAAAAUCAAAAAAUGGAGACGUUGUUAAUGAAGAUACUUACCAAAUUGAUACGAGCAAAAAUGUUGAUAGCUCUGAAUUGUUUAUAUGGUCAAAAUAUUUGGUAUAUUGUACAGUGAGAUUGACUAACAUGGGUCAACUGACGGAACCACAACAGAAGAAAAUUACGAAUUAUUUUCAAUAUGUUCUCUCGACCGGCAGAAAUCAUCACAUGAUUGACAUGUGCAGGAACAUGCUAUUAGCUUUAUUUAAAAAUCCACAAGUACUAAAAAUAUAUACGCCUCUAGACUCGAACAAAAAUUCAUCAAAUAUACUAGCAACCAAUUUCCUUCUGCAAGUCAUUACGGAAAACAAAGACAUAAUUGAUUAUUUAGACGACAGAUACAAACUAAUGAAGAGUUAUCAACAGAAAAAUUACAAUGAAAUAAUCAAGGCCUUCGUUAAAAUUAAUAAAAAGAAGAAUGUGAAUUCCGAGCACACAAUAAACGUUUUAAAGGUCGUUGGACUUAGUAAAGAAGACGAUAUGAGGGUAUUUAAUCAAAUAUUUGGAGUUGAACUAGAAAACUGCGUGAAAGACGACAAAGAGCCUAGUCUCGUGUUAGAAUUACUUAAAUAUUUAACACAUAAAUACUCAAAUGAAAUCACACUAGAGCUACCGCAGCAUGUUUUGAAGAAAUCUAUGAAAUUAUACACAGAUUUGUUGACGAACAAAGAUAUGAGCUGUAACUUGACGAAUCUAGAGAGCUCUUUAGCGGACUAUUUCGAAAGUAAACCUCAUCAGGUUCCCCGGAUUUAUGAUGAUUAUUUCAAAAAGUUUUUCGAAGUUAGCAACGUACGCAAGUCAACCGCGCAUCUCGCUUCAGUGCUAUUGAAGUACAAUGUUAAAUUCUGUAACACAUUUAAAGAACAAAUAAAAAAUCCAGACAUAUUAUCUUUACGGGAAUUAACAUUACCACUAGGCGAUGCAAUUAUUAACCAUAAUCAAUUUAUAAACGAAAAUAAAGAGCUUCUAACAACAAUCUACAAUGAAUACAAAUCUAAUAUAAACAAGUUUAUAGAAAAACCCCACAAGGCCGGUCAAAUUUACGUAUCCAAUUGGAAAUUUAUAAGGAAACUUGUUAUCGAAUGCAUGGACGUAGAAGAAUGUGCAAAAAUAUUCGGUAAAAGCCAUAAGUUUGAAACAGUUGAAUUGAGUCACAUAGAAUUAAUUCAGAGUAUAUUUCUGAAGAUUUGCGUACACGACAAUGCUGUUAAAAAGGAGUUCCUUAUUAAUUAUUUCCUAUGUCUACUUCACAUUAUGACAAUCGGUCUAAAAGAUGCAAAAGAAGUAGACGUUUUGAGCAAUAUAAUCCCCAAUAUCUUUACAGUUGUUCAAAUUAGUAAAAAUAUUGCUGGAUUUAAUGUUGAAGAUAAAGAGGAGUUUAAAAGGGUGACCGAGAGUGCGAUAUGGCAAGGUUUUUGUAAAGUUGUUUUGAAAGACUCUUUAAAAGUGAAAACAGUAGACCAGGGACAUACAUUAGGCCCUAAAUUACUAUCUUUACUGAACAUAUUAGUAAAACUAUUCUACCCUACAGACCAUGAUGAUAUAGUAACACUUUUCGAUAUGGUGACUUCACAUUCUGAGUUCUUAAACGUAAUAUUAAGCCACCAUAGCACUGAUAUAAAAUCCAGACUAAUAGAUUUUCUCUAUACGUUGAUGUCCAAAAAUAAUUCAGUUAUGAAAACGCAGCAGAUACCGGUAUUUUUGAGCGCCUACCACGCCACGAGGAGUCCUUGCGACAGACUUAUCCUGUCAGUAUUAUAUUACUAUGAAAGCCACGGAUUGCCCGUCAAUGAGUACAAACCUUACGUAUGGGGAGACUCUGCAGCUAAUCACUAUGCUGUGCGGAAGAACCGAACCUCAUCGUUAUGGGCACAUCCUACGCCGAAUCAAGUUCUGAAUUUGUACGAAAAAGACCUCAUAGAGAGAACAGUGAGAAACUUUCCCGUGAACCAAAGACUGGAAUAUCACUACGAAUUACCAGAUUUCGUUAAUGGGCACUCUGUAACGGAAGUUAUAAAUACCGUACGAAAUAAAGUUUUUAAAACAAAGAAUAAUAAAGACGUAGAAACGCUAAUACACAACCUUAUAGUGAAAACAAAAUGGGGAGAUGUGACUAGGGAGUUGAAGCUCGUUGAUGUUACUGUAACUUCGCACAUAGACGAGGAUCAAAGUGUGUACGAUCCUCUGUUCCUGUUCCCGCUGCUGGGGCACCUGUUGGCUCCGGGCUCAGUUGCGUCAUGCUUCAAGCUACUGCGCACGGGGCUGCUGUCCGUGCCGGUGAUGGCAUUGAGCUCUAAUUGCCCCAUGAUGCGGGCGGCCGCGUACCACGUGCUGCACAGAUUCUGCAUGUUACUAGAGACAGAAACGAAACACAAAAACGAUAAGCUAUUUCUCACCGACUUCAUUAACACAUUACGGCAUAGUCUUGCAACCAUCGCUCAAGGGAUGGAAGAGUCAAACAGGAACCCGAGACUUCCAGCAGUAGACGCUCUAUACCUGGCGAGGGCCUUGCUGGUGUCUACAGCCCCAGCUGACCCUCUCUACCGUCCCGUGAACAACUUCUUCAUCGCCAAACAAGUCGUGGAUGUGUCAGUGGUUCCAGACUUCUUAAGUUUAUUCCACGACAGCGAGGUGGAAGCGGUGGAUCGAAGACUCUGGAUCUUGGAUGUGGUCCGCGACGGAGUCAAAACUAUGUCCGAAGUGAACGUGAUAUUCAAGACAAUGUGCCUCAAAAUGAUCAUGGAUUUCUAUUCCUCAGCGCUGAGUGACAGGAGAGUGAAGGAUAGGGUUAUAUGUGCUCUUAGUUCUAUUGUGGCUGUUCCAAGGGCAGCAGAAAUACUUAUAGAAAGUUACGGCUUGAUAUCCUGGCUGCAUUCAGUUGUGAAACAUUUGGAAAAGGACAGGAAUAUCGUAAGGUCUAUUUAUGCACUGAUUGCCAAUAUCCUAAACAGUAUGACAGUCAAUGCACUUGCAAGAAAUAUGAGUGCAAAUAAAGAUACGAUAGAACUACAAAUUAACAGAAAUGUAGAAUUGGAAAUAAUGUUAAUAGUUUACGAUCUUUUAAAAACCGUUGACGAGAUGGAAACAGAAGAUGCUCUGUCGUAUAUUAAAAUGUAUAAGUUGAUGUCUAAGAGAACUCGUAAGAAUUUAAAUAAGAACGAAAUGUUAUAUUUGGUUAGUAAGAUUGGAGUGUUCUUUGAUUGUGAGAGUGUUAAUAAUAUGUCCAGAGCGUUAGUAAGUAGAGAUGCCGUUUUGUUGAAAAGUGUAAACACGCAAACGUUUGCCGAUGAAUCGAAACAUAUUCUGUUCAAUAAUUUACAUGAUGUUGUGCGCGAUUACAUCGCGUGAAUGUGGAAUAUUGUAUAAUAAAUAUUGAUAUAUA